CAAAAUUGCGUCUUACACGUACGGUACUCAUUGGUUGAAAUAUCUCAUCUUAAGCAGAUUUUUUGAAUACGAAUAAUGAGACAAAGUAAUUUCAAGUAAUGAAUUAAGACAUUAAAAAUUCUCCUAAUAUAUAGAAACCACCGUCGAAAAGCUUUUAUUUUACCGAAGCAUUUCGUAACGAACUGGUCUUCAGAACGGACCUGAUUUGCUGGUCAAGCUCUUAAGAUCGAAGAACUUAAAAAAAAAUUAACUUUUUGUUUUGUCGAAUAUAAAAGAAAAAAAAAUUGUUCAUAUCAAUCUCAGACAGUGUUAGAAAAAAAAAUCUUUUUAAGAAAAAGUGUGGUUCAACAACUAAAAUGGCAACAAAGUUUCCGGAUUAUAUAUCGAAAGAUCUGUUCGAGAAAUCACUCAGAAACGGUUUCAAGGAUUCCAGCAUCGUCAUCAACAACUAUGAAAUAACAAUGGGAAGUUCAGCUGGCGACAAUUAUUGCAGUGAUAUCUACCGAGCCAAAAUUGUCUAUACGAAAAAUGGAAAAUCGAACAAUUCGAUAGUGUUGAUUGUCAAGGCAAUGCCUUUUGUUGAAGCUCGGUCACCAGCUUUGGACAAUUUAGAGGUGUUCAACAAGGAGGUCAAAAUGUACACGGAUACAAUUCCAAAGAUUUCGGAUAUACUCGAUGGUGAAUACAUGUGCGCUCGCUGUUUUUAUGCGAUUAAGGAGCCUGUGCAGUUAAUUGUUUUUGAGGAUCUGAAAGUUUUGGGCUAUCAGAUGGCUGACAGACAGUCGGGUAUCGAUGAAGCACACUGUAAAUUGGUUUUGAGCAAAUUGGGAAGAUUUCAUGCGGCUUCUAUAGUCUUAUCUGAAAUGGAAAAGCAUCACAUGGACAAAUAUUACUUUGGAUUUUUUAAGCCAAACGCUCCAGUAGCUGAUGUUAUGAAAGCGGUUUUUGAAAAAGGAUUGAUUUCGUGUAUUGAUCAAGUGAAAACAUGGCCAGGUUACGAGAAUAUCGCCAAGAAAAUGGACAUCUUGAGUGAAAAUUUCAUUCAGAAAGUUGCAAACCUCUGUAACAACUCCCCUUCCUCAAUUAAGGUUCUUAAUCACGGUGACCUAUGGGUCAACAAUUUCUUAUUCAAAUAUGAGGAAGGGAAGCCUGUAGAUGUUGUAUUUGUCGAUUACCAGAUGAGCUUCUUCUCCAGUCCCGGUUUAGAUAUCAAUUAUUUCCUCAGCACAAGUCCGACAAACGAAGUUAGAGAAAAGAAGGUCGAUGUGUUGAUUGAAGUAUAUUACAACAAUUUUUCGAAGAUACUCAAAAAUUUGUCGAAUCAACAAUACAGUUUGGAGGCGGUGAAAAAGGAAAUACGCAGCCGUGAAUUUUAUGGAUUUUCAUCAUCAAUUGGAAUUACACCAAUAAUUAUGAUGGACAAAGAAGCGUCCAAAGAAUCAAGCAUGGAAAAUCUAAUAGACGAAGAAGCAUCAGCCAGAUUACGAAACGCAAUGUAUGGGUCACAAAAUUAUCGAAAGGCGAUGGAGUUUAUGUUAAAGAAAUUCGAUGAUCACAAAGUGCUAGAAAAUAUUUGGUGAAAGGUUUUUACGAAUUUACUGUUAUAAUACGGGUUACUAAUGGGAUCUAUAAUAAAGUCGCUAUAGUCAUCG